UGAGUCUGAGAGGCAUUUCUGACCCAAAAUAACCUCAACGGAACCUGGUGACCGGAUUCCAUUGUUACAUAACUGAAAGUGGCGCGAAAUAUGAAAGCUUCAACGUUGAAAAGAGAAAAUAUGUAAAAUUGUUUAUCUUCUUUUCAGAAAGAAACAACAAUCCAGGUGUGUGUUUACCGAUUUUACCUUUCCCAAUCGCCAAGAAAGAAGAAGAGAUAGAAACCAGAGAGGGAAUAGUUGGGGCGGAAAAUAGCCAAAAAAAAUCACAGAAAUGCGUGCAGCUGAAGCUGCUCCGCUCUUUCUCGCGUCCCCGGGAAAUCAUCCGCAUUCUUCCGAUCGCCGCCGGACGACGUAGAGAAAGCCCAGCCACGCCUCCUUGGAGAAUAUCGCAAUGCAAAGCUCUUGAUCUCCAUUCACAAUCUGUUCUGGCUUUGCCAUAUUCUCCAAUUUAUAAAGCACGCCUCAAGGUUCCGUUCAAGGUGAACUGUCCCCUCUUCUGCUUUAACCCUAGAUCCGAAUUGAUUUGGGACCUUGUUUUCUUGUUAUCUGUUUCAACCCUAGAUCCUAAAAUGCUGGAACCUUGUUUUCUCGUCGCCUGUGUUAUUUGUCUUCGAUAGAAUUGAUUUUGGGCUUUUGCCUUCUUUUCAUGGAUCAGGCUUUUUCGGGGGCGGCCAUGGAUGGCGAAGGAGAGAUAUAGGCAGAGCAUUGUUUGGCCUGAGAGAUAUGAGACAGCACAAAACCCAGUACGCUAAACAGGAUAAUAAGCGUCUCCCUCGCUUUGGUACAAGUAAUGAGUUCGAGCUCAAAGAUUAUUGCUCUGAAGUUUUCAGACGCAUACAGGAUCUGAAAAAUGUGGACAAUUAUGAAUACAUGCAAUCUGUUUUCACGGAUCAGACGUUGAAGGAGAUCAUUUCAUCGAAGAAAACUGGUUGCUUGGGUCCUCUGCCAAGGGAUGACCGUUUUUUCAUAAAGACCUUGCGGAAAUCUGAGGUUAAGGCAAUCAUUCAAAUGCUCCCUAGCUACUACUUCCAUCUGAAAAGGAACCCAGCUUCCUUAUUAAGCGCGUUGUAUGGUGUUCAUGUUGUGAAACCAAUUGCAGGUGGUAGCAAGGUAUACUUUGGCGUAUUGCAGAAUAUCAUCCCAUCCAACGUCAACAUGUAUAGAGUGUAUGAUCUCAAGGGCUCAUCAAGAGGCCGACCUGUCAAAAAGACUAGACUUUAUGGGAAUGUUAUCUACAAGGAUCCAGAUUUUGACUUCAGUUUCUACUUGGAUCCAUACGUCCAUGAAAGACUCUUAUCGCAAAUCAAGAGUGACUGUGAGUUUCUUGAGACAGAGGGUGUAAUGGAUUACAGUCUUUGUCUUGGAGUUCCGCUGAAAGACUCUUGCCAGGGUACCAUACAUUGUGGUAGCCUGCCCUACAAGAAACCUGCCUCGAAUUGCUCCUCUCCUACGCAUUCGUUGGAUGGCAAAUCUGUGGUUUCGACUGACGGUCUAAGUUCCAACGGUGACAGCCUGGAGGAUUAUGAACUUAAUUUUGCAGACUUUCAAGUGGACAUGCCGGAGAGGCAAGAGAUCAAACUGGGUACAGGGAUGUCAGCACGCCCAGUUCAUUCGACACCGGAACAUGAAGGGCUUCUGGAUCCAGGUCACUGUGAGGUGGUACUCUACUUCGCCAUUGUGGAUAUAUUUCAGAACUACGGCAUGGUGAAGCAUAUCGAGCACGGUUUCAAGUCGAUAUGGAAAGAUUCGCAGUCCAUGUCCGCUGUGAAUCCUAGGAACUAUACAUCUCGCUUUCAGGAAUUCCUGUUCCGAAUAUUUCGAGUGCAACAGUAUCAAGAAACAUGAAGCAAGCAGGCAUACUAAUUUUUUUUUAUUGCCGCCAAUUGUAUAUGUGGAUGAAUGUGUAUUAUAUAAUGUGUUGUGAUCAUCGACGUUAAUAUGUCAUGGCUGGCUGGAUGGCUUGUUUGUAGUUAGAGAACCAGCCUUUGGUCGUCUCGUAGCCGUUUCAAUACUCUUAGAGGAGAGGGCAUUUUCAUUAGCUUUCUAGAGUUGGAAAAAAAUUAUAUAGACGGAGAAGCAGAGACGAUGAGAAAUCGUUGAAAAAACGUUGGUUUUGAUUUGUCUGGGCUCCCUACUUUUUUGUCACUUUGUUGGAUCCUUGAAUCCUUUUUCUCAUUUUUUUUUUUGGGGGGUAUGUGCAUGAUAACACCUAAGUGUUAUUUACCUCCUAUUUGUUAGGUGUUUGAAUGUCAUGAUCAUCAUACUUCGAUUAUUUUGGGUUGAUUUCAUGCUAUACUUGCUUCAUAUCCUAAGAUUUAGCACAACUCGUGGCCAACUUCACAACCAAUGUUCAGGUCAUGACUUUCCAUUUUACGAUCAUGAACUCCACUUCAGAACAAGAAACGCGAUCAACAAUGAGCCCAAUAGGUCUCACGGUUCGACUCGCGGGCACAACAAGCCAGACCGCGAGAUAGAGGCCCUGGCCCGAGAAAUGUUUGUGGGUGUGAACUUGAUGAUUCUGUCUGUGAACCUACCCACGGCCUCGCUAACCGAUCGACGAUGAGUAUAAGAUCUGAAAUAUCAUAUAUAAACACCAUGCAAUCAUAAAAUAUGACAAAAGUAGGGUGGUUUCGUUAUGAAAAGUGCUAUGGUGACUUGCAAUUUACAUCGAUUUGGAGAAAAUGGUCUACCUCUUUCGUAAAGGGGUCGGCCACUUUCCAAAAAAAAAAAACGGUCUAUCGCUUCAGGCAAGCGGUCUAACUAAUGAUACACUUACUUUCAACUUACACCCGCUUGUUGGAAGAGGCAGGCACAUGUGACCUAAAUACGAUGGUUGUAGCACACAUAUGCCUAAGUAAUGGGGAUAAGAAGUGUAUGAUUUAAGUGUUAUCUUGCUUAGUGCACAUGUCUGAAGUUUACCAUUUAAGGUAUGUGGCUAAGGGUAUUGAGUUGUGAGGCUACAACAAAAAUAUUAGAGAUUCGUUGCAGAAAUCCUACUUAGUUUCAAUUCCUUUAUCGAAGUUGCAUUUUUUACUUACAUAAAGCCGAAGGUUGUACCCAAAAAAAACAUAAGUAGGAGCCAAUGAUUUAAGCGAGCAAUAAACCCUUCUUUGAUGAAAAUUUUAACAGAAGGGUAUGUUGAUAAUUUUUUCAAAUUUGAGGUAAAAAACAAUAGAGGAGAAUGUAUGAU